CAACAUAACCCAACUGCAAAACUAAAGUUACGCUAUUUUCUUACAGAUACGAGGCGCCACAACCACUUCAAAGGCCUGAAGGUCCUAAACUUUAGGUUCACCAGCAAAGUGCUGCAGAACGAAGUGAGCGAGGGUCACCUGAACGUCCACGUCCAGGAGUUGGAGCCGUGGCUCAACGCGACCCUGGUGGAGGAGUACUUCACCAUCAACGUCCAGGUCAAUCGGGUGACCAGGAACAACCAGGGGAACAAGGCGUCCGUGCCCUACUCGGAGACGUCCGUCAAGCUCAGCAGACGAGACCUGAAGGUCGGGAAGUGGUUGAGGGUGAACGUGACCAACAUGGUUGCGGAGUUCUUCAGGUUGCCGAGGGAGAACCUAGCUAUAGUAGUGAGAGUACAAGACUCGAAGAAUAGAGUGAGUUUGGUUGUGCCGCACCCGAGCUCAGAAACUAAUCAUACAGUUAUGCCGUACAUAGAAGUAAGUCUCAAGGACAAUUCACACAAGCGAACAAGGCGGACCCUGGGUAUGGACUGCACAGAGAACUCCAAAGAAGUCCGGUGCUGUCGGUACCCGCUCUCCGUCAACUUCGAGGAGUUUGGCUGGGACUGGAUCAUAGCCCCCAAACAGUACGACGCGAACUACUGCAGUGGGGAGUGCCCCUACAGCUUCCUCCAGAAGUAUCCCCACACCCAUUUAGUGCAUCUAGCCGCGCCCCCAGGAAGUGGGGGCCCGUGCUGCGCCCCCAAGAAAAUGAGCGCUAUCUCCAUGCUCUAUUUCGACCACGAGUUCAAUAUUAUCUAUGGUACCAUACCCGGUAUGGUCGUGGAACAGUGCGGAUGCUUAUAGCAACGUUUUAUGCGUUUGCUGGUUGAGUGGCUGGUCCUUCGUUUUGUAGACGUCAGGCUUAGCAUGGACACAGUAGGAAUGCGAAAUGGUAGAAGGUAGAUUUGAGGGAUAAAUCACAAAAUAACAGAUUUACUUUAGUUAG